AUGGCUCGUACAUAUGAGGCUGCGAUUACAGCGCUCAAUUCCCUCCAAACCAACUAUGCCAUCGUGGAGGAGCUGCGGAAAGCCAAAUCGCGGGACGAAAUUAACGAGCGCUCCAUCCCGGAGAUGGUGGAAUGGCUCGAGCGCAUUGGAUACAAGCCAGCCGAUCUGAACCAGUUGAACCUUGUCCAUGUCGCCGGCACCAAAGGCAAAGGUUCCACCUCCGCGUUUAUCUCCUCGAUUCUCUCCCAAUAUACCAAGCCGGAGCUAGGUCAAUCGGCGCCGGCGAUUCACAAGGUUGGACUCUACACCUCUCCGCACCUGCGUUUCGCCCGCGAGCGCAUCAAGAUCGAUAAUACCCCGUUAUCCGAAGAACAAUUCGCGCGUUACUUCUUCGAGGUAUGGGAUCGGCUUGAGGAAACCGCCAAAUCGGCAGGACAGAACCCCACUGCGCCGGGUACCAAGCCUCAAUAUUUCCGCUACUUGACCCUGAUGGCGUUCCACACUUAUAUCAGGGAAGGCGUCAAUGCAGCAGUAAUUGAGUGUGGAAUUGGAGGGCAGUACGAUUGCACGAAUGUGAUUGAACAACCCAAGGUGGCCGCCAUAACAAGCCUUGGUAUCGACCACACCGCGCUAUUGGGAACCACAAUCGAAAACAUCGCAUGGCACAAAGGCGGUAUUAUCAAACCUGGCGUACGAGUAUUUACUGCACCGCAAGCUCUCAGCGCGGAGAAAGUCCUGACCCAGCGCGCUGAGGAGAAAGGCGCCCAGCUGGAUGUGGUGCUGGGCCAUCCCGAACUGCUUGCCGAUGGCAGUCAAGUCAAGCCUGGUCUGGCGGGUGACUUCCAGUAUACGAAUGCCGCCUUGGCUGUUGCAACCGCGGCGGAGUUUUUGAGGAAAAUCGGCGUUGCCGGCAUCCCCAAGAAUAUGUCGUCCGAGUCUCUACCCCCGAAAUUCAAGAAGGGUCUGGAGGAAACCCGUCUCGGCGGCCGUUGUGAAACUCGGACUGAAAAGAACGUGGCUUGGUACAUCGACGGCGGCCACACGCUGGAGAGUAUCCGGCUGGCGGGCUCAUGGUUCGCGUCCCGAAUCCAGGCGGACUCCUCCUCGAGCGACAUGGCGACCAAAAAGCCGAGGAUCUUGAUCUUCAACCAACAGACCCGCGACAGCACGGCUCUUGCCCGCGCGCUGCACGAGACGCUGGCCCUAGCGCUUGGAUCCACCUCCCCAUUCACCCACGCGGUGUUCUGUACCAAUAUCACCUACAAGCAAGCGGGCUACCGGCCGGAUUUGGUCAGCAUGAACACCAACGCCGACGACGUCGAGCUGCUGCGCGUGCAGAAGUCCCUUGCGGAGGCGUGGAAUUCGAAGGACCCCCAGGCGCAGGUGCAGGUGUUCAGCACGAUUGAGGAGGCUGUGGACUUUGCGCGCGAGGUAGCCGCUGCGGCGCGCAAGGAUUUGCCUGAGGAGCAGUCGCCCGUCAUGACUUUUGUCACCGGCAGUCUGCAUCUGGUGGGCGGUUUCCUGGAUGUGGUUGAGACCAAGCCAUGCCCGUGA